AUCGCCGCCGAGCACGUUGACGCCGAUCGUCAGCCGACAGCCUGGCAGCCCGCUCAGCCCCAGCGAUCGGGCAUCUUACAUCGACACGAUACGUUAUCUCCAGUCUGAGAACUCCCGGCUGAAGCGGGAGGUGCAAAUCACCCAGAAAACAGUCACUCGGGCCGUCACUCGGGAGAUGUCCAACAUCGAGGCCGGGUACAGCGUCGUAAUCUAUAACAAGCGAAAGCGGCUCGAUGAGACGGAUACGGAACGCGUUCUGCUCGAGCUCAAUAUCAAACGCUUGCGGAAUGAUAACGAACAUCUCAAGAGCAAAUUGGAGAAGAAGACAAAGAAUUUGCAGAUAGCAGAACGAAAUGCAAUGAUACAUGAAAAAUGCUCCUGUGAUUUGCAAUCGUGGGCGAAUUGCGAGACACUUACGGAGAUAGAAAGAUCAAAGCAAGUGAAAGUAUUGCUCACUUUUAAACAUUGGAUGAAGGAGCGAGACGAUUUUGCAAACGUUAUCAUAUCACGUGUCUUGUGCGUAUCGUGGAAAAGCCCUAUAGAGGGAAGCAUAUUUCUGCCGCAAAUGGCAGCGUACAUACAAACACAGAGACAGCUAGAUUUUAGCGAUAUUAUCCGUCAGGCAUUGAUGGAGGUUUUAUGCAUGUUUUCGAGAAGGGAAGUUCCUUUGAUGGCUCCUUCACCUUAUCGAUUCUCGCUGAUUCUAUUAGUCGAAAACAACAUCUUAUCAGAACCGAAAAGUCUUAUUUAUUUAUUAGAUUGUUAUUCAAGAAUUGCAAUUGAAGAAAGAAAUCAUGGAAAGCAAUCCAGUGUACUUCUCAUCGAUACUCUUUCCGAUGUAGUGACAGUUUUGAAAGUGCAAUGUGUUCAGUAUUCCAGCUUCGUUCUAGGAGGAUCAUUCAGUGUUUGCAAUGCUCUUUUUAAACGGAUAUUUUCGCAGAACUUACCUCUGGGCUAUCUUCGCGAGCUCGUGGCUAGGACACACACCGAGUAUCCGACCAUGUUCAAAAAAAUUUUCACUCCAGUCUUGCAAGACCUGUAUUCGGCGAUAGAAACGUCGAUCUUAACCGACAAUAUGCCAAGACCAAUCGAGGCGCUAGGCGAACUGAUAGAGAUUCGUAGUAGCCCAAACAGCAAUAUACAUCCGAUUUGCCGUUUGAUAACGAAUCAAGUUCAAUUCUUGCCUGAUGUUAUGACAUCAGCAGCCGGAAGAGAGCUCUCGAGAACCUCACUCCUGGGACCGUUUCUUUCGGCAUUGGUAUAUGCCGAAGAGCAACCGAAAGUGCUGGAGAGUCUUUAUUAUGAUUUCAUUAUAUAUUGUGGCAUUCUGUACAAACCGAUGACUCUCAUGCGGCAACAAAGAUUGGAGAAUACCAGAAUGUUGUUGCACAAAAUGUUUGAUACGAUACUCGCCAAUAGCAGCUGCCGCGAUGCCACUCUUGCGUACUUGGUG